AUGGCCCCCUGCCUUGCAGGCACUAUGUUCAUCGGAAUUGUCCUGCGCACACUGCGCGGCUGGCUGCACGAUUAUGCCUGGAGCCCGGUGGGGCUGGACUUGGACAACUCGGACUACAUCUUCGAACAUGUCAGCCACAACCACGUGCGCUUUGAGCUCAAGGAUGUAGCGCUGACCAGCGCGGUCUGGCGCUUCCUCGUGGGCCCUAUCUUGCCCCUCACGGUGCAGGAGGGCCGAGUGGACCAGGUCAAGGCUGAAAUCAGCCCAGACACGCUUUCUGUACAGAUCACCGGCGUCACGGUCCGACUGCGGAAGCUCCAGCCAGAGGAGUGGUACCGCGAAGCGGAGGCUUACAAAACCAGGCUUUUGAAGGAGAAGCGGCUGUUUGCCUCGGGCUCCUUGUCGCAGACAGAGCUCCGGCGCUGGAUAAAGGCGAAGGUCCGGGUGUCGGUGCUCGAUGCCAAGGCCGUUCUAGAAGAGUCGGACUGGCAGCGCUGCGCCGUGCUGGGGUACUGCAAGUCCGUGCACGUUGCGGAUCCGGACCAUGAGUCCUGGAGCGACUUCCGCGCGAUGCCGUGCGAGGCGCCUUGGGACACUUCGGCACGAGACGCUCACUUCCAGAUGGCCAAGGACGUGCUGAUCUCGGGGGUCCGGGGCUUCUUCCUGGCGAAGCCGGACCUCGAGGUCAUGGAGCUGGACGGACACUUCACGGAGGAGAAUGCCUUGUGCCCAGAGCUGGACGUGGGGGCCUGCUAUCGGAACUGGGACUACGGUGCCCUCCACCAGGAGGAUCUGCAAGCCAGCGCCCUGCGCUCGGCGCGGCGGGUGCUGACCCUCCACGCCGCGUGCGCGCCGCCGGAGGAGGCGUCGUCCCUCACCCUUCGAUUGAACGCCGAGAGCUACGCCUACCUCACGGGGCUUCUGGCGAAUAUGGACUCCCUGUACUUCAUGUGGUCCGCGGUGCUCGUUGACGCCUGCAAGCCGGCGGGUCGCAAGCCCACCACCCAGGAGGCAGAGCGCUAUGUGGCGCUGUGGAAGCAGUACCUCAGCGGCCCCAGCAUCCUGGGUCGCGCCUCCGAACUGUCCAGGCUGGAGGAUGAGCUGCUCUGGGGCUUCUGCCAGCGCCUGCGCCGCCUCGCAGAAGAGGAGCUGGCUUUUGAGGAGCAGGUUGGGUGCUGCGGGAAAAACGGCGAAGAGCUGCGCUUCUGCACUGCCGGCAGCCACUCCGGGCGCAGCGGGACGGAGCCGCUGGAUCCCGUGGAGCUUUUGGAGGAGCAGAGCAACUUCGAGGACGAGCUGCUGAGGCAUCCCAUGCCGCGCCUUUCCCCACAGAUCCCGGAGGCUGCAGUCUUGCAGUGCCUGGGAGGCGCCCUGGGGCUCGAUGACGAGGCGGCUCACGUGCGCAGCCGCCUGCGGGGCCGGGAGGAGGCUGCGAAGGUGGCGAGCCAGGAGUUUCUGCUUGACUCAGUUUACCAGGUGGCCCUGCCCCAGUUCCGGGUGGUUCUGGACUUCAGCGAGCUGCGAGGGGAGUUGCUGGCAGUAUUGGAGGGCGAUCUGCCGGGGUUUUCUGUGACCUACAGCAGCCACCUGGACUGCAGGUUUCUGGCGGUGAGCAGCAACUGGGCCAAGUUCCAGGAGACGGAGCUGUGCCAGAGCCACGCCGAAGCCUUCAAAGGAGCCCCUGCGCUGCACUGGGAACAGCUGCAAGUGGAGUCCACCAACUUUGGGGAGAUGAAACGCCAGGUCCGCAUGCAGGGGGGCCUCACCGUGGACCUGCGCCGACUAUGGCCGUACCUCAGGAACUUCCCGGGUCUGCGUGACCUGGAGCCGAACUUGCUGGCCUUCGAGCGGUGGUUCCCCAGGCAGCCUCGCGAGACUCAGCUGGAAGCGGCACUGGCUGCUCCCGGUGUGGGGAGGCAGACCACCUACAUCUUGGACGUGCCUCUCUUGCGGCUGCCCCUAGGCUCCGCUUCGGUGCCGGCGCUGGAGGUGGUGGCGGUGAACACAAGGCUCAGCUACAGCUCCCUCUACGGCGUGCACUCGCUCUUCCUACCCGAGGGGCAGAUCCUUUGCCCUUCUUUGCCGUCGCAGAGAGGGAGGCCGCUGCUGGCGAUGCAGGAGGUGGUGGUUGAGCGGCUCGGAGACUUUGAACGGAACUGGGCCAAGGUGCAGCUGGAGAGGGUGGAGUUUGACCUCAGUCCUUUCUUGGUGCUGCUCUUGGCGAAGCAUUUGCGCGCCUACGACCCGGACGUGCACUUCUCCUCCUCUGGACGGCAGGAGCGGCGGCCGACCCCGCAGAUGGACUUGACUUUGAAGUCGGCAUCACUGCGGCUCUGGCCUUUUGACGCGGAGGAGCCGAAAGUCCGGCUGCACCUGCACAUGCUAGAGCUGGCCACCGUCAAGAGCAUGGUCGCGCCAGGCCUGGCGGACGCUGAAGGCGUCAUGCGGCUUAAGUUGCAGGGGCUCAUCGGGGACAGCUUAGCGCUGGCGGGAGGCCGCAGCGUCUUCGUUUGUUCUGCCCUGGAGGGUGAGCCUUUGCAGCUGCGCUCCGCUUUGGAGCUGUCGGCCGCCUUUACUUCGGAGAGGUCGCGGGUGGUGCUGGUCACUCUGUCCGUGCAGUUGUCUCCCACCCAAGGUCUGCUGGACACCUGGCACCUCCUGGCGCCCCUCUUCACGAAGACCAAAACGGAGGGUGGCGCGGACUUGGACGGCAUUCCCGCAGAGUAUGUGGAGGGAGACCGCCGGCCAGAGGCGCAGCGCGCCAGGGGCGUGGCGUCCAGUCAAUGCUGCCUUAUCAUCCACGAGGUGGACGUGGGCCUUCACCUUGGCUCCGCGGAGCAUGGGGCUGCGCUGUGUUUGGGGAGCCUCCAGGCCUGCAGCGCCCGCCCGGCGGCCGCCAGCCGGGUGAGCGCACAGCUCAGUGCCUCGGAGGCGGAGGCUCACCUCUUUGAUGGCCGAGACUGGCGCCCCGCGGAGCUGCGGCUGAAGCGCCUGGGGGUGUCGGUGGCCCAGGUGCCCAGCGGAGCAAAGGAGCUGCACGCUGGAGGUGUCUUUGUGACCUGGCUGGCCGUGCUGCACCAAAUCCAGGCCGCGGUCGUGCUGGAUGACUCCCAGGAUGCCCUAUCCAGGUGUCGGGCUGCGGCGUUGCGUGUGGGCCGCCUGGCGCUCUGGAGCAGCGGGGUGAAGGACGAGCCCGAGGAAAUGGAGAGCCACGAACGGGCGGAGCUACUGAGGCUAUGCCCCAUGAGGCCGGAUGAGGAGGAGCCCUUCUACCGGCUGCUGAAGCUGCCAGGCGCGGAGAAGACUUCGCCUUGGCUGGCGCUCACCUUGCAAGGCGUGUGGCAGGAGGACAGAUUCCACACCAUGGAGCCCUACCUGCGGGAGGGCUGCGCCGUGUUUCGCGAUGCCUCGGGGGAGCACUUCCUGUGCUCACGGUUCGGGCAGGCUUGGUCCAAGAGCUCACCCUCAGGAGAGAUGCGAGGCUUGGACCCGCAGAAGGUCAGGUUCCACGCAGAUCGCAAGGUCUUAAGCUUGGACCUGGCCCCUACUCAACUGCUUCUGCGGCGCAUGGACUUGCUGCCGCUCCGCAGGCUGGUGCGGAACCUUCAGGAGCUUGGGCAACUGCGGCCCAAGCGCGAGGCCCCGCAGCCACUGAGCCGAGCACAUGCCAGGGAGGCGGACCGCAUGCCCUGUGCACGGUGGCAGAUUCUGCUUCGGGCAGAUAUCGAGGUGCGGCUGGCGGAGCUGCCGGCGUGCCCCUCGUUGGUGCUGCGCUGCAGGCCAUCCAAAGAGCUGGCGCGGGGCGCGGCAAAGCUGAUGGUCCGCCUGGAGGAGCUGUCGGUGGAGCUAUUAGCGGCAGAAGGGCAGGUCCUGGCGCGCCUGGCGCUGCGGGAGCUCCGCGCGGAGCUGCGGCCUGGGGCCGGCGGGGAGAAGGAGGUGAGCGCGAUGGUGGGCAACAUCAUGGCCACCCACGGCUGCGAGCGCCAGAUGUGGCUGCGCCAGAUGAACGCAGGAGACCAGCACGUGAGCUUCAAGUACUGCCGCGGGAAUCAGCUGGACUUCGCCAUCGAGCCCACAGCGCUGAGGCUACACUGCGCCUGGAUGCAGCCGGUGGCAUCGCUGCUCUGGGGCCUCACCUGGUGGCGCCAGCAGAGCCGCCUGCAGGAGCCGGAGCCGGAGAUGGGUCUCGGCCUGGUGCCGGUGGUGCCAAAGGUGGAGGUGGCCUCUGAUGUCGUGAGCCCCACAGCCACUGGGGAGGAUGUCACAUCGCAGGAUACAGCGCUGCAGCCCUGGCACGGCACCGUUUGGCUACUGCCCUGGGAGCCCGUGGGGGAGCAGGCGCCCGCGGGUGCCCGGGUGGCGCUGCAGAUCCCAGCAGAUGGCACGUUGUGGGCGCGGAGGCAGUCGACUGCCUGGUUGCCUCUCAACAACAACUCUGUCACCACCAACUACCGGCACUUCUCCACGCAGAUCUUCCCUCAUGGCCUGUGUUGUACAGGCGCGGAGUUUUCGGAGGGCAGCCGCUGCUGCGUCGCCUUCGACGCCGAGGAGGACAAGGACGCCGUGGUGAGGAUCUUUGCGGCGCUACACUUUCAGCGAGUCCGCAAGAGUUCGCCCCCGGUCAUCUCGGUGCCUGCCUCCUCCAUCACCACGAGGGCACCCAGGUCCUCAUUGGCGAACACCAGUGCCCGAGUGUUCCAGAGGUCCAAAACCGUGACCACCACGCUGGCUUCGCGGCUGGCGUCAAGAAGCCCGGCCUCCAACCGCAGCAGGUCGGUGACCUCGCCCUUCUCCAAGCGCUCGCCGGCGACCCCAGCCCAGGCGAGCGUCGCCAGCGCCAACGACGAGGUGGCGGAGGCAGCCCAGACCGCCGCGGGCGCCUCCGGCGCGGGCAUGGCGGUGCACAUCCAACUCAAAGCCCUGGAGUUCUGGCUUCCGUCGGAGAAGGAGGUGCUCGCAAAUGCUGAUGCAGCCAUUCUGGAGAGCGACAACCGGGAGUUGGGCUUUCUCGUUGUGGCCUCGGCCGAGGGUGAGACGGGCAGCUCGGUGCAGGUCUCUGCGGAGCACCUGGCGGCGGUGGUGGCGCCGCUGCACCGCUGCUGGUGGCCCGAGGCGGAGGAGCUCUCAGAAAAGAGCGCGCUCGAGCGCCCACCCUGGCCGGAGCUGACCUUGGAAAAGCUGGAGAUCGAGACCAAGCCGGAUGAGGCGGAGAUCAUGCCGUCCUUCGGGGCGCUCAAACGAUGGGCUCAAAGCUCACAGGACGCGGUAUCUCCGCAGGAGUCUCCCCUGAGAGGUGGGCGGCCUCAGCCGCCGCCGCUGGAUUUGAUGGAAAGGAUCACCAGCGACACGUUGCCCGCGCCCUCGAAGGAGCCCAUGCAGCGCAUGUUCUCGCCUGUGGAGGAGCGUGUAGUCACCGCGCUGGAGCGCCUGGCGCGUGGCGAGAGCUGCGAGGGCCAACUGGUGGAAACUCGGGGCUUGCAGAUGGUGCUGCUCUGGCAGCCGGAGAAGCUGGUGGGGGUCAGGUUGGAGUCCUUCUUCGUGAACGUGCCUUUGGAAGUGGUGAGGUGGUGGCAGGGCUUCAAGGAGCACACCAGCGCGCUGGUGGAGUUCUCCAACCACGGUGCUGAGCUGUUGCAGGCCCCGACCAGCUCACGGCUCUGGGCUGCUCCCAUGCAGCUGCCCCUCAGUCGCGGUACCCUUCGGCCGCAGCUGGAGAAGGAGCCCGAGCUUCCCGUCCGCAAGUGGAACACCCUCUUUUCAGGCAAGGUGAUGCAUCGCGCUUCCACCUCGACCCUGGCAUCGGAAACCACUCACCUGGAGAAGGCAGAGACUGCGAGCCUGCCGGAGGAGACGCAGGCCUGGCGAUUGGAGCUGGACUCUUUGGGGGAGCUGCAGCUGCGACUCUCAGGCGGCCUACUGGCGCCCUCCGAGUGGAUCGCUUUGAGGAUCUCCGAGGUGCACGUGCGAGGCCCUUUGAGGCCUCAGGAAUCGGCGCCCUUGUCCUUCCUGCUACUCUGCGAUGUGGUGUGCCACAAUGCGCCAGUGGCACAGCUGGUGCCGGUCGUGGAGCAGUUCGAGGUGACCGUGGAUGUGGACAGGAAGCAGAAUCAGAUCUCCUGCGACGCAAGCUCCGCACGCGUGAACGUGAACAUCGACCGGGUCCUGGUGAACUUCUUCCGCACCAUGCGCCAGGGGCUAGAGGAGGUUCAGCAGCGGACGCUGCAAGCAGGGCGCUUCUUCCACUUCGAGAAUCUCACUGGCGUGCGGAUCACGGUGCAGUGGCGUCAGCGCAGAGGAAAGAGCGGCCCAGCGGAGCUGCCGCCGGGCCAGCGGACCCAGAACUACGAGCUGCGGUCCGCCGAGCGCUUUGCCGACGUCCGUUUUCUGGAGGAGGACUUCGGGUGGGAGGAGAAGAUCACCAUAGAGCUGGACCCGGUGCUGAGCCGCGCGUAUCAGAUCAGGGAGGGCUGCCCCAUUUUCGUGGAACCAGACAAUGACCUGAAGGAGGGGACAGUGACCUUCCGCAUCAAGAGCGCGCUGACCAUCUACAACGAUACCGCGCUGCCGCUGCAAAUCACGCUUUGCACGGCCGCCUUCCAGCGCUGGCGUCACCAGGUGGGGGACCUACUGCGCUCUGGCACGCGCUUGGUGACCUUCAACCAGAGCAUGACCAUGACCACCCCGACAGAGGACUGGGAGGACGACUUGGAUGCUGCAGCUCACUCACAAAGUGAGCGACGCAAGGCCAAGGACUUUACGGCAGUUCUGAACCUGCCGCCCCACGCUUCCGCGGAGGUGCCGGUGAGCUGGUUCAUCUUCUCCCGCCAGCACUGGCCCUCUGUGCGGCUGCAGGUCCUAGGCGCUGGGUUUGAGGGAGUGAGCCGGCACUUCCCGCAGCUGGCGGCGUUGCUGGAGGAUGUGGCGCUGGAUGAUGAGGAUCUCGAUGACGAGGAUGCGACAGGCCCGCGACUGACACAAAGGUCGGAGGAGCGAGAGCGCAUGGGCGACCGGACCAAGUUCAGCCUCUUCCUGAAGACAUACAUGAAGCUCUCGGGCUACAUCGAUGCGCAGGAUAUGCCCUUGGCCCUGGACGAGGAGGACGUACAGCAGGUGCAACGCUUCAAGAUGCACCUUGGCAACCUGCUGGCCAUCCGCAACAUGCUGCCAUUUCCUGUCGUCCUGCAGCUGGCGGCGCCGGACAAUAGCUUCAAGGACGUGCCGCUGCCGGAGCCCAGGUCUGUCAGCCAGCUCUUGGAGACGAGGGACUGCUCCAGCUCUUCGUCCUUGUCCCUGGACCCACUGGAGCGGGUGAAAGAGGAGCCGGUGCGGUGCUUCUCGCAGGACCUGCCGGGGGAGGAGCUUCUUCAGCAUACCCAGCUGGAUGGCAUCAGUGCGCUGGCAUUGAGCGCUGCCGAGCGGCAACGCCUCAACGCCCGCGGCAUCGCCACAUACGUGCUGGGCGUGGAUCAGGAGGUGGCGCUUCCCUUUGCCAAACGCCUGGUGCGGCUGAGAUGCCUGGCCAUGGCAGACGAGCAGCUGGAGAGCGAGUCCGACGCGGAGCCUCCCGAGGUGGCGGUGGCGCAGGGCAUGCUGAAGCUACCCGCGGUGAGCGCCAAUCGCCCGCACCAUCAGUCCAUCACCUUGGAGAGUCCGAGUGGCCAGUUGGUGCAGGUGUCUUUGGAGCUCACUCGGGACAGCUGCGUGCUCUUCGUUCCCUUCAUCUUCGAGAACCUCACGCCUCUCACCUUGAGCAUGAAUCGAGAUGCCUUGCUGGGCCCGGGCUGCCGGGCUGUUCUGCCACAAGAUCCACAGCAUCCGGACACGGCCUUCUUCACAUUCCUGACGGCCAAGGAGAUCAAAGAAGCUCAGGAGGGAGGUCGCAGCCCCAAGCAGACGCCCUUGCGGAGGUUUGGCAGCAACCGCACCAGCAGCGCCAGCUCCACCUUCAGCCGCGCCAGCCUGAGCUUCGCCGUGCCCUUCUUGUCGGACGUGGGCCGAGAGCACCGGCCCAGCACCCGGCUGUCCGGGUCGGCCGCGCCCCGCGAGGUCUGCGAUUUCCAGUCGUUGCCCAUGACUUCUCGCAAUUCCCAGGAGCAGGCAAACAGAUGCGCAGGGACCAGGCAGGCGGAUUGCACUGCAGGGAGCUGCUGGAUGUUUCGUUUGGGCUUUCGAGAGCCCAUGUGGGCUGUCGCGCUGUCCCCACGCAUCAUGGGAGGAGGAUUCUUCAGCCUAUUCCUGGCGUUUGGGCUGGCGGAUGCCGCAAGCUGCUAUGACCAGACGUUCGAGAAGGCCGAUUGGCCAUUCUGCGAGCAAUUGGCAUCUGAUAUCCUCAUGUACUAUGGCCCCUCGGGCGACUUCGUGAAGCUGGGCCUCUUCGUGGAGAGUCACCAGGCCUGGAGUUCUGUCGCCUUGGGCGGCAACGGCGGCAUGAAGGGCGCCCAGCAGUUCGUUGUGCGCAAAGUGAACGGCGAGUUUGCUGUGGAGGAGCGCUACUCCGCAGACUACACCACGCCCCAACUGCAGGCUACGCAGGAGGUCAAGCUCAUCUUUGCCAGUGAAGAAGCAGGGAACAUCGCCUGGGGUGUGCUGCUUCCCAAGACUUCCUGCGCUGAAGGAGAGAGGUAUCCAAUCGAAGACGUGAGCCGCUUCAUGCACUGGGCGCUGGGCGCAAGCCAUGACUUCACCUACCACCCACGCAGAGGUCAAUUCCAUGCGAACCUGAUCUCCGGGCCGACAGUUGAGCUGGACAUGAGCGGCUACCAGAACAUCAGCAUGACCAUGCCCAACGUACCAGUGGUUCUGGGUCCAGGUGGCUACGAUCAGAAGAACCCGUACGUUUGCAACAUCUUCAACCUCGAAGAGAUGCUCCCAGCAGGCCUGACCGCCGACAACAAGCACCAUGUCGCCAUGUUCUCCCCCAUUCUGGACCCGGACUCCGUCCAAUACGUGCACCACAUGAUCCUCUACGCCUGCAACGACCAAGCGCGCGUCAGCUUUUCGCACAACCAGGUGGUCCCGGAGUGCGAGAGCAUGCCGCAGGGCUGCAGCGAGCUGAAGUGGCCCUGGGCCAUGGGAAGUGAGCCGGUGGUCUUCCCCCCGCAGGUGGGCAUGCCCAUCGGCCAGGGCCAGAAGUGGUUCGCCCUGCAGAUGCACUACUACAACCCCUCACUGCACACGGGGGUCACAGACAGCAGCGGCGUCCGCAUCAGCCUCGCGGACAGCGUCCGCGCCUACGACGCCGGUGCCUUCCGGUUCAAUGGCGGCACGGGACCCAGCAUGCGGGCUGCUCUGCCGCCGGGUGUGCCGUUGCUCACCGUGAAGCAGGCGCUGCUACCAGCCGCGUGUACCAACGAGUGGCAGGAGGACGUGAACGUGCUCGGCGUGGUGUACCACGCGCACCUGGUGGGCAAGCGCCUGAACAUCGAGGUGCUGCGAGGCAGCGAGAGCUUGGGGGAGCUGCGCAAGGAGAAGCUCUACGACUUCAACCAUCAGUCCUUGGAGCCGGCCUCCGUGAAGACGCUCAAGAAAGGAGAUCAACUGGUCAUGACCUGCACUUAUGACACCUCAAGCCGAACAACACCAACACAGUUCGGCGACUCCACGCAGACUGAGAUGUGUUGGUCGGCCUUCAUGUAUUACCCCGUCCAGAAGAUGAACCGCGUCCUCUUCACGAGCGAAGACUGGAUGCUCUGCGAGGGCGCUGCCCAGCAAUAUCACGCCAACACCAUCCCCUCCAUCCCCGCAAGCACCUGCCAAGCCGUUGGCGACGUUGGUUCCCAGACAGCCCUGGACCUGCUCGCGUCCAUGGGUGUGAAUGUCACCGGGGUGACGGAGCGCCCCUCAACGAGCUCAACGAGCCCGGAAGGUCUGAGCGUCUCGGCCUCGACCACGGCCAGUGGCUGGCUGCUUGCGGUCUGGGCCUUCGGCGCCUUCUGA